GGCAUGGGAAUGCCCGGCAUGGGGAUGGGGAUGGGAAUGCCCGGCAUGGGGAUGGGAAUGCCCGGCAUGGGUAUGGGCAUGGGCAUGCCUGGAAUGUCGCCCUUUGGAAUGCAGAUGCCGUUCAAUAUGCAGAUGCCGUAUAUGGGAGGGAUGCCGGGAUCAAUGCCAAUGAUGAACAACAUGGGCAUGAUGAAUCCCAUGGGGCAGAUGAAUCCCAUGGGGCAGAUGGGGCAGUUCGGGCAGAUGCCGGGUAUGCCCAACAUGCCACAGGGUAUGCCUGGCAUGCCCGGCAUGCCCGGCGGCACGCCUAUGGGGCCUAUGGGCGGCAACCAAGGGAUGCCUCAGUUUGGCGCUGGAGAUGCUACUCCUACUGGUGCGCAGCGGAUAAUCACCCGUGGUCCAAGCAAAGAUCCUACGUCUAUGGCUUCGUCAGAAGCUGGGCAGGACCUUUUGCAAUCACCUGGUGCCAGCCCAGCACACCUAGCGCAGUUGAUGUCAAAGGAGAGUGGUCUUGGGCUCGGCGUGAGCCCAAUAAAGGAGAACAAAGAGCUUCCACCACUGCCACCUCCUUUGGCCGAUGGAACGCGGCAGGUGCUGGUGACCAUUCCGAGGCCACUGACAGCAUCAUCGGAAGGGUUUGAUGAUGAUGAUUCUGUGAAGAUUCCAGAGUUUGGAGUUACUAUCGACCUGCCAAAUUGGUACAAAGAGGCGCAAGAAGAGUUAUCAAAGCCAGGACCUGCCUGGCCUCCACAGGCUGUUAUUGACACGAGCGAUGUGGUGGAUAUAGAGGGCGGGCCAAGUUCCUCGUUUCUUGGACGUCGGGCUAGCAAAGCCAGCGCAGAAACCAAGACCAGCAUAGAAGUGGAGGUCGAAGACUCUGGUGGAAAACUGCAGGCGGCUAUGCUGGCUCGACGUCGAGCGAUGGCAGAAGGUGGUAUAGAGGAAGAAAAGGAAGAAAAGGUCUCCAUCUUCAAACGAUCCAAGUUCUUUCCAUACAUUGUUGCGAUACUAUUCACACACUAUGUCUACAAGAGUGGAUUGAAGACCAUUAGAGAGUGGGCCAGCAAAAUGCAAACGCACUUUGAGGACACGUGCCAGAUGCAGAUGCGAAACUGUAUCUCCUGGCUUUCACGGGCUCUCCGCACGUUUGCGCGCACUCUGACCAUGGACAGCCACGCAGGCUUGGACUUGGCACCCGCACGAGCAGGGAAUUUCAAAUUCUUCGAAGUAGGCUCGGACCUCACUGCUCGACAGCGUCUCGCCAUCCGGGCCUACGUAUUGUUUGAUAUUCUUCUCACCGGCAUUGAAGUACCGCCUCAGCCGCUUACCCGGUUUCUGAGCCGUCUUGCUCAGCCAGAGGGGAUCAUGCUUUACGUGCCGAAGACAUAUUUUACAGACUCCGAACGGGCCGAGCUUCAAUACGACACCAGGGGCGGCAUUUAUUCUCAACCUCAGUCGAGACAGCAUCAGCAGCUGGUGGCUGGUUUUCUCAUUCCGAGAGCACUGCUUGGCGGCCUCUUUGCCAGCUGGGUUCGCACGCUCGAAAGCGACGCCAGCGUGGGUGCCGAACGGGGCAAAAGAAAUCUCCAGACACUGGGUGCCCUGAUACACCUCGGCUGCCAGAAGAAGUACGAGCUGAUCUCCAGCGUUCAUGACAUCCCUGGCCUGUCCAGUGCCACCAGCGAUCGCCUCACCCAGUUUGGUCUGGACAAGAGGCUGGUCUUUGAGGUUAGCGAGUUGAUUGAGAAGCUGGUGGUGUUCUUUACUCAGCCUGAUGCGCAAGUUUCCAUGGUUGAACGGGUGGAAUCCAAUCCGUUUGUUGCUGGCAAUAUCACCGUGGCCCCUCGUGAUCGGCAGGGUGAAGGUGCUGAGCCAGCCGUCACGACAGACGAUACUCCGACUUUGGCGCCCAGCACCAAGCGGAAAACGAUUGUCGACCGGAUCCGCGAAAUGACUCCAGCGUUCUCUGGCGAAGCGUCUAGUACGCAGCGCGGGGGACGCUUCAGGAGCGGAUUCAGGGGAUGUGUACGGCGUAGUACGACGUAUUCCAUGGCAUGGGACAGGAUUUUCGUUGAGCCUGAGCAGUAGAUGGAAAGGUGGCACAUAGUGUUAUUAGUAUUGAAGACUUGCGUUUCUGCCAAAUCUUUUGCUGCGCAUGAGCAGGCAGUCCGUGGUGGCUGGUCGCUCAAGGAUGGCACAUCAAGAAGCCAGGCAGAAAGAGGCGGACGAGAAAGACGAUGAGGAGCCUGAUUGAGUCGUUUGAUUUAGUUGGGUCGCAGCGAGGCGGCCCAGGCGGCCUCCCUGGUUCAGACCAGAAGUGUACAAAGUUUACCGUUAAUGAAAUAGAGUCUUGGAUUGCAGAUGGCAUCAUAAAGGUGAUCCAUGUGCGUUUAUUUCAAACGACCUUGGAAAAGCAUGGAAAAGCGGGAUCCAUGAUUCC